AUGAACAGAAUAUUCGGACGUGGGAAGCCUAAAGCGCCUCCUCCAAACCUGUCGGACUGCAUAGGAAAUGUGGAUGCCAGAUCAGAGUCCAUUGAAAAGAAGAUCAGCAGACUAGAUGCUGAACUCCUAAAAUAUAAGGAUCAGAUGAAAAAGAUGAGAGAUGGGCCGUCGAAGAAUAUGGUAAAGCAGAAGGCGAUGAGAGUCCUGAAGCAGAAGAGAAUGUAUGAAGGACAAAGGGAGCAGUUGGCUCAACAAUCUUUUAACAUGGAGCAGGCGAACUACACAAUACAGACAUUAAAGGACACGAAAACAACAGUGGAGGCCAUGAAGAUCGGUGCAAAGGAAAUGAAAAAGGCCUAUAAGGAUGUAAAACUUGAUCAGAUCGAUGAUUUGCAGGAUCAACUGGAGGAUAUGAUGGAAGAAGCAAAUGAAGUACAAGAAGCCCUGAGUCGCAGUUACGGCACUCCGGAGAUAGAUGAGGAUGAUCUCGAAGCGGAGUUGGAUGCUCUGGGUGAUGAGCUGCUGCUGGAUGAUGACAGCUCUUACCUGGAUGAAGCCUCAGCUGCCCCGUCUAUCCCUGAGGGAAUGCCCAGUGACAGCAAAACAAAUAAAGAUGGUGUUCUGGUGGACGAGUUUGGUCUCCCACAGAUCCCUGCUACAUAAAAAUCAGAUAAAUACAACAACUGCACUUCAACUGAAAACACUUUUACAUGUAGAGUAACAUUUAUACAUGCAAAAACCAUUUGACCUGACAACACAGUUUCUUUGAUGCCGUCCAGGUGUUGGGUUGUGUAUUGUUACCACUACUAUGCUAGCAUGUGGCCUUGUAACAUACUGAACCUUUUUUAAUAUUCUUUCUCCCUGUGUCCCCCCUUACACUUGGCAGUGUUGUUGAGGUAUUUCAUAGUAUUAAUUUAUUUUUUAAUUUUGUGUUAUGUGUUGUUUAGUCAUUAUGUUUGUGUUCUUAAUUCAGCCUGGCGGCAGAAACAUGCAAAAUAAAGUGUGUUUUUAAUUUACCUCUGAAGUGAA